CAACUCUGGUCUGUGAGAAUAGGUCAAACAACACUACAGAUAGAUAAGAGCAGUUACGGCCAGAUUUCUUCUGCGAGUAUCAAUGUACUGCAGGCCGUACAGUGAAGAAUUCAGCAGAUUUUCUGAGUGAAGCAGAUUGGUCCGAGACCGAGAGGCAUUACAACAAUCGAUCAGCAUCAUGUGUGAAAACAGAUAGAUGUAUCAGUAUCACCACCACCAUCCUCCUCCUCAAGGAAAGAGCCUCCGCCCAUCCUCGAGAGCAUGUUUUGCUCCAGAAAGACAUCUGUUAUUGCAAGGAGGAAACAAUGGUGCAGCCCAUGGCGAAUCUGGACUUGUACUUUCCACCGACGCCAAGCCUAGACUGAGAUGGACGCCAGACCUCCACCGACGAUUUGUAGAAGCAGUCAAUCAACUCGGAGGAGCUGAUAAGGCAACUCCCAAGUCGGUUUUAAAACUUAUGGGAAUUCCAGGACUUACAUUAUAUCACUUAAAGAGCCAUCUUCAGAAAUACAGGCUCAGUAAGAAUCUACAUGGACACGUGAACGGUGGGACCAACAAAAAUGGGGAGAAGAUGUCCGAGACAAAUGGAACUCACACAGUGAGUCCAAGCUUUGGACCCCAAGCAAAUAAAAGCUUACAUAUAAGUGAAGCAAUGCAAAUGCAAAUCGAAGUGCAAAGAAGACUACAUGAGCAGCUUGAGGUACAGCGACACUUGCAGCUCCGAAUAGAAGCUCAAGGGAAAUAUCUACAGGCAGUUUUGGAGAAAGCCCAGGAGACUCUUGGAAGACAGAACUUGGGAGCUGUAGGACUGGAGGUUGCCAAGGUUCAGCUUUCCGAGUUGGCGUCAAAAGUAUCCACACAACGCUUGAAUUCAAAUUUUUCAGGGGUGAAAUCGAAAGAAUUGUCAAGUUUAUGCCCACAGCCAAACCUGACAUCUCAGCCUACAGAUUGUUCGAUGGACAGUUGCUUGACCUCCUGUGAAGGCUUGCAAUCGCAAAGAGAACAAGAUAUGCACAAUAGUGGAAUGGGAUUAAUAGCUUUUAAUGCCAGUGCAACUUUUGAGAAAAAGGAGGCUGACAAGGAGCCUAGACUACGGCAGACUGAACAUAGAUGGUGCACUGAAGACCUGAUCAAGGAAAACAAAAAACUUGUUUCCUCGGUGAACAUAAACACAGAAAGAUCCAUGUUCUCUAUAGAAAUGAACUCUGAGGACUUAUCCAUGGGCAUCGGUCUUCAAGCAGCUGGGAAGGCAAACAGCAACAGCAGCUUUGCCGAGAGGAUAUUUAGAGGAAGGGAUCAGGAUCUCAAUUUCGUUGACCCUACCAUCAAUAUGACAGAUUCAGUUCAAUCAGAAAAUGAGAAGUUAUCACAGGGAUGUAAAAUUCCUUAUUUUGCGCCAACAUUGGACCUAAAUGUCCAUGAUGAAAAUGAUGUUGCUUUGAAUUGCAAGCAACUAGACCUGAAUGGUUUCAGCUGGAACUAAGAGAACACAUUGUUAGAAAUAGCGCAAAGGAAGUGGAACUCUGAUUUCAUUUCUAUGAAUCUAUGUCAGAGUGUAAAGUUUGUCUUCAGCCAUCUGCGUCUCCCUUACAAUAAGUUGAUGAGCCAACAAAAAAGUUUAGUCAUGGAAUGCGAUCAAGUUAAUUCAA